GACCCCUCAAGUACGGAGUAGUUAAAUAUUUAAUUCACCUUGCCGCCCAGGUGGUUCAAACCAUUUCAGUGACUGGGAGUUGUAAAGGAGUGAGAAUAAACAAGAGAGCCAGAAAAAUGAUUUCAUUAUUACUUUUAAAUCGACUUCUAACUACAUGUUAAACGCCCGUUCUAAAGCUGCUAUUUUAAACCCUAGUCUCCCUUUUGAAUCGAGCGGAUCAGCGCCGAAUAUGGAUCAAGUACAUUUCCUUGAGUCUGCAAACGUCGCGACCGUUUUUGACAACGCACUGCCGCAUACUCUGGGAGAGCUAUCAGCCACAGCGAAAGAUGUACUCAAAAGGCAAGCGGGAGUGCUCCUGGCUUCACACAAGUCUUGUCCCCAAGACAAGUUCCGCGGUAGCGUCAAAUUAUUCCUUGAGGGAGGGAUUUUUACAGAGGAGAGUGCUCUGCGUAUUACCCCAAGGACUCAAAAUAGACACGCAAAAAGCGCUACCAAAGGCCGUCUCAAUGACGUUCAACGCUUGAUGCAACUUUACAACGUCCACCCGAAGAUUGAAGACUACUCCAAUGAACCUAUUUCUCUCAUAGACAAGAUUAAAAUUCCUGGUCCCGAAUACAUCCCGGACGCUCUUAGAGAGUUGGUUGAAAGAAAGAUUUUACUCAAAGAAGAAGAGGCGACCCAUAUGGCAAACGAAUUCUCGGAGAAAUAUGGAUCUGAGUCUCUAUUCCGAUCUGCAUUUCGGGAAUUUUUCUCAACUGGACUUAUCGGAGUCCAACAGACGUUUUGGAGGCCCGAUCCUCGCAGUCAGCGAAUUCGUCGACAAGCAGAGGAGAUCUGCCUCCAGGCAAUCGAUGAAAGUCUCUGGCUUAACGGGGCCGAAAUUCUCUUUGUGAUCCGUGCCACGAGAUGCUUUCCGGAAGACGCCAUGUCAUUUUGGCGUUGGGUAUCAGCUAAUAGGUUAACCUAUCUGGCGGUAAUGGAUAUGAUUGAACUACAGGGAGGGUUUCUUGACGAUCCUGAGACUGUUCAAUCUCAGUGAAUAUUGGACCAGUCAAGUGGAUGUCGCCUAACCGCCUAAUUUCUACAUAUAAUUCCGACUUUGAAUACAGCAAUGGGCGUUCAUACAUCGCGCAUCCUACAUAUUUAAUAACGACAAUUAACUCGCUGUUAACAUUUAAAUAUGAACAAGAAAUUCGCGAAACAAAUCAGCGAGCCAAACGAGUAAUCUCCCAGCACGCAGCUUUUAGUAGUUCUGCUUAAAAAUUGGGAGCCAAGUCCAUGUGAAGAAACCAACAGUUGGGAGCAUAUGCAAUGUGCGGCGCGUAAACUGAUGGGCCGGCAGGGACCGGCAGGUGGUGGCUCAGCACAGUGAUUAGGGUCGUCGAGCCUGCAGACGCAGACGCAGGAUGUGUGGUUGGGAUAAAGUUGACAGGGGGUCCGUGGGCUUUGUAAAAGCGGGGCAGCCACUUUCCACCAUCGUCUGCUGCCGCCAAGAUUCGAUCCUGCAUCGGUUCUAAAAGUUACAACGAUGUUGCGUUGGUCCAGAUUUCUAUUUCUUUGUUCUGAGCUUAGUAGAAUUAAUUUGACUUCCACUCUCACAACCACAACUGUACCCUAUACCUUAAAAUCUUGCAAACAAAGAACGAACCCACAGGAAAGAAAACGAGGUAAACCGUCUCAAGUGACUACUUUGGUGGCUGCAGGAAAACCACCCGGCACCUUAUGAGGCGAAAUAAAUUACCCACGACCAACUAGCCAAACCAGUAACUUGGGAGCCCACCACGCCCAGCCUCGACCAGGUCUCCGGGAUUAAGAAGUGAAAUUAAAUAUCGGCCCUCUGAUGGACAUAGCUAAAUUAGGCUUAGGACGCAACCUUGGAAUGAUAUUUGGCCGAACAAUGAACAGAAUGUAAUUUGCGGAGCGAAGCG